GCAUCGAAGAUAGCGAAACCAAGUCUCUCUCUUCUUUAUCUUCUCUCUAUCUUAAUACGCUGCCUUUGAAAGUUGAAACCCUAGAAACCCUCGAUUCCCGUACUUAAACUAAGCUGAAUCCUUUGAAGCUCCUCGAAAUUUCGUUUUCAGCGAGCAAUUGAGCUAAGAUUCGGAGCUGAGCUUGUGCCAUUUGGUGCGAUUCGGAGCUUGAUUGGUGUUUUUCGACUUUGAAAAUCUCUGUUCAUUUCUUCCUUUCUUGUUUUUGUUCCUGGUUGCUUUAACGUCGGUUUUAGCUUGGUUUUGGAAGAUUUUUGGCGAGAGGAUGUCUUCCCUCAGUAGAGAAUUGGUAUUUCUCAUCCUUCAAUUCCUGGAGGAAGAGAAAUUCAAGGAGUCCGUUCAUAAGCUUGAGAAAGAGUCAGGAUUCUUCUUCAACAUGAAGUACUUUGAAGAUAAAGUUCAAGCUGGAGAAUGGGAAGAAGUUGAAAAGUAUUUAUCAGGAUUCACCAAAGUUGAUGACAAUAGAUACUCCAUGAAGAUAUUCUUUGAAAUCAGAAAGCAGAAGUAUCUUGAAGCACUUGAUCGGCAAGAUAAGGCAAAGGGUGUUGAGAUACUGGUGACUGAUUUGAAAGUCUUCUCAACAUUUAAUGAGGAACUGUACAAAGAGAUUACACAGCUUUUGACUCUCAGCAACUUCAGGGAAAAUGAGCAGCUGUCCAAGUAUGGUGACACCAAAACAGCUCGUACAAUAAUGUUGAUAGAGCUGAAAAAACUCAUAGAAGCUAAUCCCCUUUUCCGCGAUAAGCUUUUUUUCCCUACACUAAAAUCAUCAAGAUUACGAACGCUAAUAAAUCAGAGUUUGAAUUGGCAGCAUCAGCUGUGCAAGAGCCCCAGGCCAAACCCAGACAUCAAGACUUUGUUCACAGAUCAUUCAUGUACACCUCAAAAUGGUCCUCUUGCCCCGACACCAGUCAAUCUUCCUGUUGCUGCUGUUGCUAAGCCAGUUGGUUAUACACCGCUUGGAGCUCAUGGGCCAUUCCCACCAAAUGCCGCAGCAGCAGCUAAUGCUGGUGCUUUAGCUGGUUGGAUGGCCAAUGCUUCUGCUUCUUCAUCCGUUCAAGCAGCUGUUGUUACUGCAUCGUCAAUACCUGUUCCACAAAAUCAAGUUUUGAAACGCCCAAGGACUCCUCCAACAGCUCCAGGUCUGGUUGAUUAUCAGAGUGCUGAUCAUGAAGAACUAAUGAAACGAUUUCGACCCGCCCAGUCUGUUGAGGAGGUGACAUAUCCAACACCUCGACAGCAAGCCUCUUGGUCAUUGGAUGACCUGCCUAGAACAGUAGCUUUGACCUUGCAUCAAGGAUCCACUGUGAUGAGCAUGGAUUUUCAUCCUUCUCACUCCACAUUGCUACUCGUUGGUUCUGCUAAUGGUGAGAUUACACUGUGGGAACUUAUACUGAAGGAGAGGAUGGUCUCCAAGCCGUUCAAGAUUUGGGACAUGGCCGCAUGUUCAUUGCCAUUUCAGGCUUCUAUUGUCAAAGAUGCACCAAUAUCUAUCAGCCGUGUGGCAUGGAGUCCAGAUGGAAAAUUUGUGGGUGCUGCAUUUACUAAACAUUUGGUCCACCUAUAUGGUUAUGCUGGAUCCCGUGAUCUACGCCAGCAUUUAGAGAUUGAUGCCCAUGUUGGUAGUGUGAAUGACUUGGCUUUUGCUCAUCCAAAUAAAACACUGUGUGUGGUCACCUGUGGAGAUGACAAGUUGAUAAAGGUGUGGGAUUUAUCCGGACGAAAGUUAUAUCACUUUGAAGGUCAUGAGGCACCGGUGUAUUCUAUCUGUCCUCACCACAAAGAGAGCAUUCAGUUCAUAUUUUCAACAGCUAUUGAUGGGAAAAUAAAAGCGUGGCUCUAUGACAAUAUGGGGUCUAGAGUUGACUAUGAUGCUCCUGGCCAUUGGUGCACAACAAUGCUUUAUAGUGCUGAUGGAAGCAGGUUGUUCUCUUGUGGGACGAGUAAGGAGGGGGAUUCUUUUCUUGUUGAAUGGAAUGAAAGUGAAGGAGCAAUGAAGAGGACAUAUACUGGGUUUAGGAAGAAGUCUGUGGGAGUAGGUGUUGUACAGUUCGACACAACCCAAAAUCACUUUUUAGCUGCCGGUGAAGAUAGCCAAAUAAAAUUUUGGGAUAUGGAAAAUACCAAUGUUCUGACAAGCACAGAUGCGGAGGGUGGACUACCGCCACUUCCCCGCUUGAAGUUUAACAAGGACGGAAGUAUUCUUGCUGUUUCAACAGCAGACAAUGGAUUCAAAGUACUCGCAAACAAUUCUGGUCUUAGAAUUUUAAGAUCGGUUGAUAUGCCCCCGGCUUAUGAAGCACUAAGAAUGCCCAUUGAAUCUUCUGUCAUCAAGUUACAGGUUUCAGGCACUUCUGGUAUUCCAAAUGUCAGUCCAGUCAAUUGUAAAGUGGAGAGGAGCUCCCCUGUUAGGCCUUCUCCAAUUAUGAAUGGAGUUGAUUCGAUGGGUAGAGGCGUGGAAAAGCCAAUAAAGAUGGAUGAAGUGAUUGAUAAAUCCAAGCCUUGGCGGCUGGCUGAAAUUGUAGAUCCCGGCCAGUGCAGAAUGGUUAGCUUGCCUGACAGCACUGAUACUUCUAGCAAGGUUGUUCGACUUUUAUAUACAAAUUCUGGAGUUGGCAUUUUGGCACUUGGAUCUAACGGGGUUCAAAAGCUGUGGAAGUGGAUUCGCAAUGAGCAAAAUCCAACUGGGAAGGCCACUGCAAGUGUCGUACCGCACCAUUGGCAACCAAACAGUGGUCUUGUUAUGUCCAAUGACAUCACAGGUGUCAACCUUGAAGAAGCAGUCCCGUGCAUUGCACUCUCUAAGAAUGACUCAUACGUCAUGUCAGCCACUGGUGGAAAAGUCUCAUUGUUUAACAUGAUGACCUUCAAGGUAAUGACAACAUUCAUGCCGCCUCCCCCUGCUUCUACCUUCCUAGCAUUCCACCCACAGGAUAAUAACAUUAUUGCUAUUGGAAUGGAGGAUUCUACCAUUCACAUAUACAAUGUCAGAGUGGACGAGGUGAAGUCAAAAUUGAAGGGCCACCAGAAGCGGAUAGCUGGUUUAGCCUUCUCCACCAAUCUUAACGUCUUAGUUUCAUCUGGUGCCGAUGCUCAAGUAGCCUUCUAUCCAUUGAUUUGCAUAACUCCAAUUUGUGUUGCCUUUUUUUGGCUUUGCAUUUGGAGCAUUGAUACAUGGGAGAAAAGAAAGUCUGUAACAAUUCAAAUUCCAGCAGGAAAAGCGCCAAGUGGAGAUACACGUGUGCAGUUCCAUUCUGAUCAGAUGCGCAUGCUAGUAGUUCAUGAGACCCAGUUAGCUAUAUAUGAUGCUGCCAAGAUGGAGCGAAUUCGGCAGUGGAUCCCACAAGAGUUAUUGUCUGCUCCCAUAUCUUACGCAGCGUACUCUUGCAACAGCCAACUAGUUUUUGCUACCUUUGUCGAUGGUAACAUUGGGGUUUUUGAUGCUGAUAGCCUGAAACUCAGAUGCCGCAUUGCUGCGUCAUCCUACCUGUCUCAGUCAGUCUUGAAUGGUAGCCAAUCUGUGUACCCACUUGUUGUCGCCGUGCACCCUUUGGAGCCCAACCAAUUGGCAGUUGGGUUAACCGAUGGGUCUGUUAAAGUUAUGGAGCCGACAGAAUCAGAGGGAAAGUGGGGGUCGACUCCACCAGCUGAUAACGGGACGUUAAACAGUAGAACGACGUCUUCGUCCACCACAAGCAACCACACACCAGAUCAGUUGCAGAGAUGAGAUCCCAUGUUUCUUUGUUUUGUGAUAGUUGUCAUCUGUAAUCUAAUUCCACAGAGAAAUUUAGGAGUUUUAGUCCCCAUAUGUUACUUUAUUGUAAGUAAAGCUUGGAAGGUGAUUAUUAGUUAUACACAUUCUUGUAUAUACCUUGUGUAGCCCAACUCUGUAUCUGAUUUCCCAUUCCCCUGUUUUUAUAGUGGCAAGCUCCAACUCCCAAGUA